CAAAAGUAGGGGUGCCCACUCACCUUUGUUUACCUUUUCGGGAGCAGGCGGGUUAGACAGUUAAUUCGACUGGUGACGGCAGGUUUAUUGACCUUGUGCCUUUUUAAUUUAGUGAGUAUUUAAUAGUAACCGUGAGGAAAGAGGACAUCAUGUCUGCUACAUUACCUGCGGAGCCGACAAUACCAUUAGAUACGGGAAAGAAGACUUCCUCGAGACGACAAUGGAGUGUACAAGGAGGCCCAAGAGGUUUGCUACGGAGAAUGCGAAGUCAGUUAGCAGAGGAUGGAUGUCCAGAAUCUCAGUUAGUGAUGGGCCGAACUUUAUUACAGCAGUUAGGGGAUGAUGCAGAAACUGAGGAUGAAGACGCAAGAUUAGCUGUGUUCUGGCUCAACCAAUCAUCCCUACAGGGUAAUAAAGAAGCCACAGAACUUCUACAGGAUUGCCUCAGUAAAAAUGUUGGGAUCUGUGAGCAUAAUUACAAAGAAAUUAGAGAGUGCCUUGCAAUGGAUCUGCAAGAAAAGUUGGCAAGAAGAGCAGCUCAUUUACUCUUUUGUAGGGAAGCACAAAUAGUGAAGAUGGCUGUAACCUUGAGAAGCGUUAUGGAGGGGAACGGCUUACAGAAGAUCACUUGGUAUCUUCAUCAGUGUUGUAUUGUGAGGGUCGUGUUCCACCUCUUCACUACUACAUAACUCCCAUGGAAACUCAACAACAGUCCCAGUUGCAAAAAAUUUUAUAUUUACCACUUAGAUUAAUUUUAGAAAUUUACAAAAGCUGUUUUCACUUCUUAGGUGUUGUGUUAACAAACUUAUUUAUGCGAACCUUGAACAUAAAUAGUCCUCUAAACAUGAUAGCAGUGUUAAGUUUCAUGUCUGCCUUGGUAGUACUUUUAGGAACAAUGAAGAUAAAUGAUGUUCUCCCAGUUACUGUUGCUUGUGUUGCACUGAUAGUUAUGAUGUCGUCAUCUGCGCACAUGCUGCUCAUCAGAAAACGCUUUGAUUCUUUCCGUAUGUGGUCAGUAGUCUUUUCUCACUAUUGUCCUGAUCUCAAUACAGCACAAAUAGAAAAUAAGUUUAAAUCAAGAUGUUGGAAACCUUAUGCUAUCACACUUGUAGCUCUUCUGUUUUAUUUAGGUGCUGUGCCACUCACUUCAUCAAACCUGCUUGUUAACUUUUUGCCAGCACUUUAUCUAUUUACAGUACUAACUCUUUUUCUUGUACCAGAAGAGCUGAAUGUAUGGCAGUUUAUUUCUCUUUUUAUUCACCUGUUAGCUGUUGCUCCAGAGAUUUGCAAAAGGCUUAGCGCUUGGAUGCUUCCCAUUUUCACUGGAACUGGGCUUGAGGAAGUCUUUGCUACUCAUCAUAUUUAUGUAUGGCAUACAAUAAAACUGAAUUUAGGUUUUGCAUCUGUUAUACAUUUAGUAUGGUGUUCCUGUUGUGCAGCUGUUGUUUUUAAGCAUGGCUUAGCAUUUCUUCUCCCUCAUUUGGUAGGUCUAAUGUGGUGCCACCUAGCAGUCAUGGCAACUCAACUUGUUACAUUAUCAAGUAACCUGAUAAUCCCAGUUGCCACAUGGUCAAUUCUAGUCAUGCUACCAUUUUUUCACUCCUUUUAUCUAACCACAGUUCCAGGGUUACUUAUUGCAGGUCUCUGUUUGCAUAUAGGUUUUGAGGUUUACACAGCUAUUUGGAUUCUCAUUUUAUGUGUAGCUUUAAUUUUAAUUCUUAAAAAGUGGUGGCCUAGUUUAAUACUAUUAAGUAAGGUAGUUAUAGGGUGUGGUGUCUUUAUAUAUGUUUUUCAGUCCAGUAUGAUACAAAGAAUACCUUCACUGCAGCAUUCAAAUUUACUUUGGGAAAAUUACAAGAAUGUAUGUUGGCCCUCUAAAGAUACAGGUGCUGCCACUGCUCACAGGUGUUUACCUCUGCAAGGGACAUUUGUAAAAUGGCAAGGUUCUGUUACUCAAGUUGAAAUUGUAAGGAUAUGGAACUUGCCACAAAAAGUCUUAAACUUAGUACCUGAAGUAAUUGAAAAGCCUAUAAGGUGUUAUGUAGGUAAACGACUAAAUCCUUGUCAAGGUAAAACUCCGCCCAGUCACAAUGACCAUUGUCAUGUGAUUCAAAGUGCUCUGGGUUCUGACACUUGUGUAUUAGAUAACUGGAAUGAAUACACGUUUGAAAUCUCUUUAGCAAUGAGUUCAUCUUCAUCAUCUUGGAAAUUUGGUGCUAGUACAUCUUUAAUAAAGAUAAUUGCUGAUAAUGAUUACCUUGAAUUCGUGUUAGGAUUGCAGGUGGGAGAUGAGGUAGAAUUUAUUGGGGCUCUUGCAGAAAAUGUGGGCUCUCUCAAUCCUAAACUUCUCUUGUCAUCAAUCUCGUGUGUCAAUUGUAAACUGAAAUUGAAAUCGGCUAGUAAACAGGUAGUGGAGACUCAUUUGGACUUCUGGCGUGUUCCUCCAUUUGUAUUCAAUUUUUUGAUGGGUCCAAUACUAACAGUAUAGAGUUCAUGUUUGUAAUCAUUGCUUUAUUGAAAGUAGAGUAGAUUUUUAACAUCCAGAACUUAGUAGUUCCAUAUGCAGUUUACUAAACUCAACAAUUAUCAGUAAAAAAGCAAUGCUAGUUAAUUUUAGUUGAGCUCAUGCAGCCAUUAAUCUACAUAAUAUGUGUAUUUUUGUAGUGAUAAAUGGAUGGUUUUGUCACUCCAAUCUUUUUCAGAGUUCACUGUCAUUUAAUGUUGAAAUUCGUAAAUGAUCCAGUCAGGUUAGAAUUUAGUAGUAAGUGAAGUUAAGGAACAGUAAUAUAUUGCGACUGGGAGAUUAUACUUUAAUUUUCAAAUCUUGUAGCCACUGAAAUUAUUUUUUUUUUGCAUGGUUAGUAAACAGUACAAAUACAGUAAAAGGCAAUAUGUAGUGUUAAUGAAUUAGUGAAUGGCGAUUGCAUCUACGAAAUGGUUGAUUAAAUUUGCAAAAAGCCUAAGACUUGCCUUUUCAGCACCUGCAGGUGAUAUUUUUGGGGCAUACAUAAAAAACUAUAUACUUUUUUUAUUACUAUUCUUAUAUUGGAAACCAGAUGAUAUUUGAUUGUUAAUUAGUAGUCGGGAAGUUGAGGACUUCAGAAUAUAGUACUGUCUAGUAUUCUUAUACUGUGUAUUCUGGUUGCUGUGAUAGAGUUAGCAAUAAUUAGGAACCCAGGUCUUAGUACCACUUCUGAUCCCAUACUUUUUAAGAAAUAAUUGUGAAUAAUUAAAAGCACUUCAAGAAGUUACACAUUUAACUUGAAAAUAAAUAAUGCUUGUCUUGGGCUCGGUAGGUGAAGGCUGCUAUUGGAUUCAGGCACCUAUUUGCAAAGAGAAAAAAGUUUGCAAGAGUGACUAGCUUGGUUGGGUAUGUUAUUAGCAGAGGGAUCAGGUUGCAGGAAACUAAUGAUACUGCACAAUUAGGGACCAAACUUCUUGUUAUAUCAAUUGUAGAUUAUCUCCAAGUGCUUGGUAGUUUUUAGAAGCUAUGUCAAAUUAAACUUGGCAUAAAAGAUUUUUUUUUUCCUGUAAGCAAUUUAUGUUUGCUAAAUUAAAGAAGUGCUCAAUUAUAAUUGAUCACUAGUACACUAGUACAACUUUUCACAACCAGUUGUUAAACAAUAUGGGAAUUAAAAGCGUGUAAAUAUGAUUCUAAAUCUAGCUUCCUAAGCAAAAUGAAAAGCUGUUAGUUACUAUAGUGUGAUGAUAUUUUUAUAGCACUGUAUUUUUAUUUCUUAUGUGUAAUGGCACUUGAGACAGAUGGGUUGUAGCUCUACAAAAUCGAUGUACAAAGACGUCAUAAAACAAGACUUUUAAUAAAUACUACAAUAGCUUUUUGCAAUA